GUAUUUUUUUAGGACAUUUUUUUAUUUUUAAAAACAAUCCUCUCGUCCCCUCCAACAUAACAGGCCGGCCCUAAACCAACCUUCACGUUAGGGUUUUUAGACGAAAAAAGGAGAGAUUGCAAUCACUUCGCAGAGCGGCAGGAGAUACAAUCGGAGGAGAGGAAGAAGAAGAAGAAGAUGCCGAAGCAAAUCCACGAGAUUAAAGACUUUCUCCUGACGGCGAGGAGGAAGGACGCCCGUUCAGUGAAGAUAAAGAAGAACAAGGACUCCGUCAAGUUCAAGGUCCGUUGCUCCAAGUAUCUCUACACCCUCUGCGUCUCCGACUUCGAGAAGGCCAAUAAGCUCAAGAAAUCCCUUCCCCCCGGUUUGAGCGUGCAAGAUCUGUAAGGAGAUGGUACGCUCGUUUGGUUGCUCGAUUUAUGUCGGGAGGUUUAUCUUUGAUGCGUUUUUUUUAAUUUGAAAAAGAAAGCAAUGUCAAUUGAGGAUCUCUUAGCUUGUUGCUUAAUUUUACCUGUCAUGGGUUUUGAUGCUAGAUUUUGUUCGGUUUGUUGAUUUCUCCUUUCCUUUUACUUGAAGACUGAUUUGCAGUGAUUUUGCUGAAAACGAAUGGUUUACAGACAUGUUUGUACCUCAAGAUUAUAGCUUUUAGGAUUUUUU